AUAAAAGGGCAAGGCAACUUCAAAUAACGUUAUUUGAGAUGGCAUCUGCAGUAUUUGUGUUGGAUCUAAAAGGAAAAGUCCUUAUUUCCCGUAAUUAUCGUGGCGACAUUCCAAUGUCGGCUGUAGAAAAAUUUAUGCCUCUGGUUUUGGAGGCUGAGGAAGAACAGCAAGCACCAACACCCUGCUUCACUCAUGAGGGCAUAAAUUAUUU